CGGGGCUGCAGCAGCCGGGAGGCCCGCUCGCUCGUCUUUCAAGUCGCCGACUCACCUCGCUAAUUCCUCCCCGUGUUUCACGCCAUCCUUAGUCUCUCCCUUUUUUUUUUUCCUUUUACUAAAAAACCCACCUGCCCAUUUUACUAUCAACGAGCCCGGCUUGCCGCCGGUGGCUUUCUGGAAGAAGCAACGUGGGGGUUUUGACAACCGUGGCCGGUGCGGGGGGGAAACAUGGUUGCUCUGCGGAGUCUCCUACGGAUGCACGCCGGGCUUUGAAGCGGUCCUCGCCGCUAGAGGGUUACGGGGGCAGCCGGUGUGGCUCUGUCGCACUCCAGGAAGGGACGGCGAGGUUAACAACCAACGCAGCGACGUGUUUGGGCUCAGCGUUGAAGAACAAGCUGCCUGCCGAAUGUUGGGAGGUUGAACCAUGUAACUUGUCGGAGGCUGUUGCCCUCUGAUGCUCGAGGAACACUACACACUCCUCUAGAAUGUAUUUGAUGAAUGUACCUCCUGUCGCAGCAACGGAAACAGAAUGGCGAAGAUGUGGCCCACCUGGAGGCUAUAGCCUUCCAGUCUGCUUCAAUGACUCUGACACAGAGUUGUCCCCCAGAGGCCCACCAAUCUCAGACAAGGUUCAGAUGAUCAUUCAGAGCCUCAGGAGCAGCCAGUCCUCACUUGACAUGGGCGAUGAGAUUGAGGCAAACGUGCCAUCAGGACAGGAGCGCCAUAGCCAAGUGUGCAAGGUUGCAGUGGGUAACUACGUGGGCGCCAAGUCGAAAACUAAAAACCCCACCAAGAACCAGCUCACCCGUUCUUCCUCCAUAGCCAACCAUGACAGCAGUGAUUCCGACAGCGAUGACUCGGUAGACAGAGGAAUCGAGGAAGCCAUACUGGAGUACCUGAAAGAGAAGGAUGGUCACAAACGCAAGGCUGAGCCAUCUUCCACUUUUCUUCAGUCAUCCAAAAUUCCCAGGACAAGCCCACCGCACUUUGAGUUUGCCAAGCAAACCCCUGAAGGCAACUCGUCCUUGAUAUCCAGUAGCCAGUUCCCAAUAAGCGUCAAAACCGAGACCCCAAUCACAGCAGCUAAUAUACCUUUAAAGAAGUAUAUCAAAAACAAAGCCUCCCACGAUGAAAACUUUGAUUUGGAUAAAAAGUCAACCAAUAAUCUGCUUCGUUCCCAGGAGCAAUGGAAGAGCCCCUCUGAUACAAUCAGCUUCUUCAACACGACUCUAAAGUACCCAUUAAUACCAAAGUUGGAGGAAGACUUGAGUGAUUCCAGUAGUGAUGACGGCAUCGAGGAGGCCAUUCAAAUAUACCAAUUAGAGAAAAAGGAGCAGCAGAAUAAAAGGGAAACCUUUAAUCCGCAAACAUUCCAAGAGGAUUCAGACUCGACUAGCGAUGACGGGAUUGAAGAAGCUAUCCGAAGCUACCAGCUUGAGCAACAGAAGGAGAAUAGUCUCCAGAAGCAACUCCUCUACAAGCCUAAAGGCUCUAUGAAGAAAACCAAAUUGAAGAGAAAAAAGGUUGGAGCAGGGAAACAGACUCAAGCUCCAUCUGUUUCAAAACCCAAGACUUCACUGUCUUGCAGCCGCAAGGGGAAUGGACUGCUUUCUUUAAAAGUCGAGAGUUUUAAAGAGCAGUCAGCUCCUGCUCCUUCCAAAGUAAACACCACCGCAGAACUGAUGUGUGCCGAAGCGAUACUGGAUAUUUCCAAAACCGUAAUGCCCGGAGCCUUCCAUCAGGGCGUCGGCCUCAGCGCGUGUGCUCCGCCAGAACCUUCUGGACAGUCCUCUCUUCCUGAUGGACACCCAUGUGAAGAGAGCAACGACAGUUCUAUUGAUAGUGAAGACGGGAUUGAACAAGAAAUCAGAAAAUUCCUCGAGCAGAAGGCCCAAUUGCACAAACUGCCACCCACCGUUCAAGAGCCUCGUGGCGUAGUUGAUCCAGAGAAGGGGAAAGGAAGCGAUGCUGCUAUUCAACAGAAACCACAGCGGUUGUCUUUAACUCAGAGAAGAAAGCAGAAGGAAAAGAGCAUAAGUGGGGCGAACAUGUCGGGAGCAGACAAUAAAUGCAAAAAAACUACUGCGCACACAGGAGAAUCGGACGUCCUGGCACGUCUGCAGAGAAGUCAGCCCCAACCAAGCACAUUACACACGACAGACCAAAGCGGAGACAAAAGCAGUUCGCUUGACAGUGACGAAGACCUCGACACCGCGAUCAAAGACCUGCUAAAGACAAAAAAGAAAUCGAAGAAAAAGAUCAAAGACGUGAAAAAGAAACCCAGGAAAUGCAUCAAAGAUGAAGAACCACUGUUGGGAAAUGCUUUACCCAACAAAAAGUUCAAACACGAGCCUGGCUUCAAGUGUAGCGCUUUGAAAAAAGUACGCUGGGGUGACGGCGAGGUAAAGGACAAGUCUGGAUUGGCCAAAAAUAUCUCGCCACAAAAGCAAACGGACAAAAGUCAGGACGGCGAAACGGCAGACACCGUGAGAGGGGAAGGACUCGACACGAAGCCGCCGCAGUCCGUCGGGUCCCUUCUUCCGAUGGAUGAUGACAGCAGCUCGGUAGAUAGCAACGACAGCAUCGAGCAAGAGAUUAGAAGGUUUCUGGCUGAGAAGGCAAAGGUUUCCCCCGGGGACAAAACUAAAGAUGGAGCCGUUUGUAAGAACGGGUCCGCUGUGGUUCGAGACGCAGAGGUUCAGUUUCCAGUUAAAGACAUUAAACAGGAGACUCAGCUGGCUGAGAUUCCUCCAGAACACGUCGCUCCUCCAUCUGCAUUUCAAGCAGAGACCCCACAGAGGUUCCAUACUGAAAUCUCAGCUGAAAGCCCGCGGCCAUGUGCGUCCUCGGUCCAGUCCUGCAGUCCCUCUCUCCUGGAACCGGCCGACGGCGCGGGGACGACCUGGAACCAGCAAAGGAGGCCCAACGCUGCGCGAGACGGCCUAAUCAACGGCACCCAGCAUGUGGAGGGAGGUCGGCCUGCUUCCCCCGUCAGCCACGCUCGUUCUCUUGCUGAGUCAAUAAAGUGGCGCCAGAGCCUGGGGCUUCCCAUUCCUGACCCAAGGGCUCUGUGCCGGACUCACUUUCACAUCACCUCUUCAGAAAGACGAGGAACUUCAUCAGAAAGCAGGGACCAAAAAUCACAGACUCCGGCCCCUGCCUGGUGUUCAGCGAGGAGCGGCAGAGCUCCGUUUUCCGGCUCGGCGGAGGCGGGCGCGAACACCGCAGUUAGGCCCCCCGUUUUGAAGUUUUUCUCCACUGCUAGGCAGCCUGCAAAAAUGACCUUUACACAGAGCCUCACCACUGGCAACCGGUCCCAGUUCUCCUUGGAAGAAGGGCGGGCGAGUACGGUGCACGUGCCUAAGGACAAGAGUGUGUUUGUAGAGCUGGAAACUAACAGGACCAACCAUGUCCAGGUCCAGAGCAGGGAAAGGAGUGAGGGAAAGGAGAAGGUAGAGUUGCUGAGUGAGAGAAGAAGAGAAGGCAAGAGUAUGAAGAUAGAGGAUGAAGGAGCUAAUCAAGACAGGGAGGAAGAAGAGUUUAUAGAUGAGUCAGAUUGCGAAUCGGGCAGCAGGAGAGAUCCAGAUAAGAAACAGAGCUUUCCAGCAUUGUCUUUGGACAAAGCCAUAGAUCCUGGAAUCAGAAUCAGUCCGUGCAUAGCUUUCACCUCAGAGAAGAGAAGGCAGAUGUUCAACAGGAGGUACCUAGUUAGAAAGUGCACAAAGGGGAAUCCAUCUGACACAAAGACCCUGCAGCAAGUCAAAAGAAAGCUCCAGUUUGUUCCAGUUGAUGGGAGAAAGGAGGCAGGCAACAUAAUUUAACAACAUAACAUUACAUUUUCCCUGUUCAUGUAGGCUGUUUGAAGUUAACAGUUAUUGGUAGUUAAAGAAAGCCUGUAAGGUGCAAAUAACAUUUGAGUUCGAAAGUGCAAUUUUACGUGUCCAUGUUUGCAGGUGGACCUUUUCCAUUUAAAAAAAAAAAAAAGAUUGGAAUUUUGUUAUGUUUUUUCAAAUUGCAAGUUGAUAGAGAAUGCUAGGGUUUAUUUGUUUAUAGCAAUUUCUGUUCUUUUUUUGUUGUUGUUCCUGUUACCAGUUUUUCAUUUAUUUCCUUUUUCUGUCUGGGCAGACUACAAGUACUAGUCACGCUGGGCAUUAACCUUUUUUUAAUAUAUAAUUUAUUAUUUUAUUUUUGGUCAUUUUUAUUUUUGUUUGAAAAAAAAACAAGAUGCCGCUAGGUAUGACUGACGUUUUUAUUUUACAUGUAUGUUUUGUUUAGCUUCUAGAUUAUUUUAUUAAUAAUAAUCUCGCGUUGUUUGUUCCUCACAAAACUUGUGACGUUAAAUAA